CCCUCGUGUGUUUGCAUCGGUGUCGGCUCCUUGGCGGUUUCUCGGAUUCGCCAUCUUGGGCACAAGAGAGCACACAGGCGGGGUGGCCUUGACCGGCCACGGGAGGCGGGGACACGUCUGGGAGUCAGGAUGUGAGGCCGGCAAGAUGGCGGUGCGCCGGGAUCACGGGGGACAGGUCAGCACAGGGCCUGUGCUCUACCAAAAGCUGGCGCUCUGGGAUCCAAGCCUGGGAUCUGAGGAGGAGGAGGAGACAGAGACGUUGGAGCUGGUCAUUCCCAAUUCCUGGAGCCCCCAGGACUCCUUGAGGAGAAAGGUUGACAGGCUGCCCGGGGCCUGGGCUCGCCUAGUCGCUGCUCUGCUGCUGCUGGCCGUUGGCCUCUCGCUGGCCGCCAGGCAACUCCAUGCCAGGGGCGACCCCACAGGAAGUCCGGGCUCAGGAGCAGCCCCGCCCAGUGGGCACUCCCACACCCCUGGCGUGUAUCACCGCGGUGCCACCAUCAGCCCUGCAGCCAUGUGCUCCCACCUGGGCCGAGAGCUGCUUGCCGCCGGCGGCAACGUGGUGGACGCCGGAGUGGGAGCAGCUCUGUGUCUGGCAGUGGUGCACCCUCACGCCACGGGGCUAGGUGCCACGUUCUGGGGUCUCUUCCAUAACGGCACCUCGGGCAGAUCGACCGCCCUGACGUCGGGCCCAGCCCGGACCCUGGCCCCGGGCCUGGGGCUGCCGUCUGCUCUGCAGACUCUGCGCUUGCUGCACACGCACUUCGGCCGCCUGCCCUGGCCACGGCUGCUGACUGGCCCCAGCACGCUGGCUCAGGAGGGCUUCCUGGUAGACACGGCCCUGGCUGGGGCUCUGGCUGCGCAGGGCACAGAGGGUCUCUGUCCACUGCUAUGCCACAGUGACGGGACGCCCCUGGGCCCUGGGGCCCGAGCCACCAACCCAAGCCUGGCGGCUGUGCUACACAGGGCAGCACUGGCCCCCACCCCAGACCUCGCCGGGGAGGCCCUACUGAGGCCACUACUCAGAGACCUGGGGCUGCAGGCACCCUCCGUGGGGCCCACACCCUCCCUGGAGCCGGCACUGCAGCUGGCUGUGCCCCAGGGUGUCCUGUCCACCACCCGCAGCCCCUCUGCUGGCCCAGAGCUGCUGGCCAUGUUGCAGGCAGCCCUGCAUUCUGGAAGGCCCCCUCCCGACCUCUGUCUACCACUCCCACAAACUCCUGUGACCCCUGUGGGCAGUGUCCUGGCCACCAUAGACAGCAGUGGCUCCGUGCUCCUUCUAAUCUCCUCACUCAACAGCUCCUUUGGCUCUGGACACCUGUCCCCAAGCACUGGGGUUCUACUUAGUGAUCUGGUGGCUGCACCUGCCGCUAGUGCCUGGGCCUGUCCCCUCGUCCUUCACAGCAGCUUGGAUGACACAGAUGCUGAUGUGCUGGGGCUGGUGGCUUCAGGAGCCCCUGAUGUGGCCAGGGUCACAACUCGUGCCCUGCUUGGUCACCUGGCUGGGCCCCAAAACCAGGCCCAGCACUGGCAGCACCAGGGACCGACACAGAACACUAGCAUUUGCGGCCAAGGGAUCCUGCUCCAGGUGGCCGCUCAUGCAGAGCACGCCCACGUCUCCAGCAUCCCCAGUGGCUGCUGCACCUUCCAGGGCUUCUAAGGAGGCAGUGUGUAGCAGUGAGGGUGGGGUGGGGGUUCUCAGGCCUGCAGGCAGGGGCAGAGCAGGCCCGGCAGGGAUGACCUGCAUGCAGAGUGUGCACAAAUUAUGUGCUCACAGCCUCUGACCUGGUCACCAAUCUGGACUCCAGAUCUGAGUCUUUUUUCGCUUAAGGAUACUGAGGGUAAUGGGUAAGAGCACCAGGCCGCAGCACCAGCCCUGAGUUCAGAUCCAGCUCUGAGAAGGACAGGUAGAAGGGUGCCAAGCUCAUGCCUUGGCCACAGGCCCCAUGGGAGGGGCAGGCAGACCUCUCUGGCCUCCUCUUCAGGACACCCACCCUCUGCUGACCUCUGUCAGCUGAUCUGGAAACAAAAUAAAUAUCAAAUCUCCUGGA